AUGUCCCCAGCCAGGUCCUGGCUGGCCUCGGGCAGGGCCUCGCCCAGGCUGGUGCUGGCCGUGGUGUUCGUGGCUCUGCUGCUGGACAACGUCCUGCUCACCGUCGUGGUACCCAUCGUCCCCACCUUCCUCUACACGACCGAGUACGAAGCUGCCAAGAGCUCCGUGAGCCCGGCCCUGCCCGAGCCAACUCCCGCAGCCCCCGGGGCUCCUCCUCUCCCCGGUUCUGACCCCGGCACCGCGCCCGUCCGGGGCUCCAGCAGCGCCGGCAAUGGGACGGGGAGCAGCCCCCCAGGACACCCCCCAGGACACCCCUCCAGGGACCCCCCAGCCCCAUCCAGGGACCCCCCAGCCCCACCCAGGGGCUGCCUGCAGGGUGAGGAGUUCCUGGCGCAGGAGAACACCCGCGUGGGGCUGCUCUUCGCCUCCAAGGCUCUGGUCCAGCUGCUGGUCAACCCCUGGGUGGGUCUGCUGACCAACAGGAUCGGAUACCACAUCCCCAUGUUCCUGGGCUUCACCAUCAUGUUCCUGUCCACAGUGAUGUUUGCUUUCUCAGGCACCUACACCCUGCUGUUCAUCGCCAGAGCCCUCCAAGGCAUCGGCUCCUCCUUCUCCUCGGUGGCAGGCCUGGGGCUGCUGGCCAGCGUGUACCCGGACGAUGCGGAGAGGGGCAGCGCCAUGGGCAUCGCCCUGGGGGGCCUGGCCUUGGGAGUGCUCAUCGGGGCCCCCUUCGGGAGCAUCAUGUACGAAUUUGUGGGCAAAGCUUCGCCCUUCCUGGUCCUGGCCUUCCUCGCCCUCUUGGAUGGAGCCCUGCAGCUGUGCAUCCUGCAGCCCUCCCGCGUGUCCCCGGAGAGCACUAAAGCCACGCCGGUGUCCACGCUGCUGCGAGACCCCUACAUCCUGGUGGCCGCAGGGGCUCUGUGCUUCUCCAACAUGGGUGUGGCCAUGCUGGAGCCCACGCUGCCCAUCUGGAUGCUGCAGACCAUGUGCCCGCCGCAGUGGCAGCUCGGGAUGGCGUUCCUGCCUGCCAGCAUCUCCUACCUCGUUGGCACCAACCUCUUUGGGAUUCUGGCUAACAGGAUGGGCAGGUGGCUGUGCUCCAUGAUUGGGAUGGCUGUGGUGGGAAUCAGCCUCCUCUGUGUGCCUCUGGCCACCAACAUUUACGGGCUGAUCGGCCCCAACGCCGGCCUGGGCUUUGCCAUAGGAAUGGUGGACUCGUCCAUGAUGCCCCUCAUGGGCUACCUGGUGGACCUGCGGCACACCUCAGCCUACGGCACCGUGUACGCCAUCGCCGACGUGGCCUUCUGCAUGGGCUUCGCCGUGGGUCCCUCCACGGGCGGGGCCAUCGUGCGAGCGCUGGGUUUCCCCUGGCUGAUGGCGAUCGUCGGGGCGCUGAACGUGGCGUACGCGCCGCUCUGCUGGCUCCUGCGCAGCCCCCCGGCCAGCGAGGAGAGGAUGGCCAUCCUGAGCCAGGAGCGCCCUGUGCACCCCAAAAGCUACACCCCGAAGGAAGCCCAGCAGGAAUUCCCCCUCACAGAGGCAGAAAACGUGGAAUAGGCAGGACAAGGAACGCGUGUCCUGCUUUGGAAUUUUAGUUAUGGUUACAGAGCAGACACGGCCUCCCCCCGACUCGUGGGAGGCCGAAUUUCUUCCCCAACCACCAGGAUUUGGAGGCUCCAUUCAUUUGGUGGAACUUGAGCAUGGAAUCAGCUGGCAUAAAGAUGUCACUGCAAUGUCCCCGCUCCUCUGAGGACACUAAAAAAUGUUUAUUUGUGUCUUGGUGUAGUCUGAUGUAUUGUGCUGUGUCUGUGCUACUCGGAGCUGCUCGUGUGUCCUUCCCAACAUAUAUUAAAUGAAUUUAUUCGUUUGAAGAGCUCUAAAUAAACUGAGGUGGGAGUAAGGUUUAGACUCAGGCGACAAAG